AUGACGGAAUCCGCCGCAAAACGCGCCAAGACGGGCGCAGCAGCCCAGCCGCCGCUCAUCGGCACCCACAGCGGCCACUUCCACGCCGACGAGGCCCUCGCCGUCCACAUGCUGCGCAUGCUGCCGACGUACCGCGACGCGGGGCUCGUCCGCACGCGCGACCCGGAGCGCCUCGCCGCGUGCCACACCGUCGUCGACGUCGGUGGCCGCUAUGAUGUCGAGGCCCGUCGCUUCGACCAUCACCAGCGCGGCUUUGACGCUGUGUUUCCCGGGCGCGAGACUAAGUUGUCGAGUGCCGGGCUGGUGUUUCUCCACUUUGGGCGCGCCAUUGUUGCGCAGAGGCUUGCGGCGGCGGACUCUCCCGAGGUCCAUCUCCUGCAUCGCAAGCUGUACACCGACUUUGUCGAGGCCCUCGACGCCCACGACAAUGGAAUCGCCGUCUACGACCCCGCCGGCGUCGCCGCCGCCGGCCUCGACAAGCGCUACUCCGAGGCCGGCUUCACCCUCGGCGCCCUCGUCGGCCGCCUCAACCCGAGCUGGAACGACGCGGCCCCCGCCGACGCUGACGCGGCCCAGCGCCGUGAGGACGACCGCUUCCUCGUCGCCAGCCGCCGCAUCGGCGAAGAGUUUGAGCGCGAGCUCGACUACUGCGUCGCCGCCUGGCUGCCCGCCCGCACCGUCGUCCAGCGCGCCUUUGACGCCCGCGCCGCCCACGACCCCGACGGCCGCCUGCUCGUCUUCGACGGCCAGUCGGUCCCUUGGAAGGACCACCUCUACACCCUCGAGGACGGCCGGCCCCAGGUCCUCUACGUCCUGUACCCGGAGAAGCCCGAGCCCGGCGCAAAGUGGAGGAUCCAGUGCGUCCCCGAGUCCAAGGACUCGUUUGUCAGCCGCAAGCCCCUGCCCGAGGCCUGGCGCGGCUUCCGCGACGAGGAGCUCGACGCCGUCGCCGGCAUCCCUGGCUGCGUCUUUGUGCACGCCGCCGGCUUCAUCGGCGGCAACAAGACGUGCGAGGGCGCCAAGCAAAUGGCCGCCAAGGCAUUGGCCGCAUAA